AUGUUGAUGGGAGACUACAAGAAGGAAUAUGCAAAGUUGUGGGAUUACGCAGAGGAGCUUAGGAUGAGCAAUCCUGGGAGUACUAUUAUAUUAAAGGUUGAAAAGUCCGAUAUGCAAACUAAGGCAUUGUUUGAGAGAAUGUACAUUUGUUUUGCUGCUUGUAAGAAAGGAUUCCUUGGUGGAUGUAGAAAAGUUGUGGGGUUGGAUAGUUGCUUCUUGAAAGGAAUUUGUCAAGGUCAGAUCUUGUGUGCUGUUGGAAGGGAUGGAAACGAUCAGAUGUUCCCAAUUGCUUGGGCAGUUGUUAGAGUUGAGAGUACAGACACAUGGACUUGGUUCUUGACAAAUUUGAUGUAUGAUCUCAAUAUUAUACACACAUAUGGACAGGGUUGGGUCAUAAUUAGUGACAAACAGAAGGGUCUUCUACAAGCUAUGGCUAAGCUGUUGCCUGCAGCUGAGCGUAGGAUGUGUGCCAGACACAUCUAUGCCAAUUGGGGCAAGAAGUAUAAGGGGAUACAGAUGCAAAGACUGUUUUGGCAAUGUGCUAAGAGUAGUACUAUGGCAGAGUAUGAUGAACACUCUCAAGCAUUGAAGAAAAUCAGUCCUGCUGCAUAUCAUGACUUGGUUCAAACAGAGCCAAGGCAUUGGUCCAGGGCUUUCUUUACUACUAAUGUGAAAUGUGAUAUUGUUGACAACAACUUAUCUGAGGCAUUCAAUGGAAGAAUUAUAAAUGUUAGGUGCAAGUCCAUUUACAGUAUGUUGGAGGACAUGCGAAUAAUGAUAAUGACAAGGAUGCAUACACAAAGGGAUGCAUGUGUUAAGUGGAGAAGGGACUGUGGUUCGAGAAUUGUAAGAAAGUUGGAAGAAAAUAGAGUUGGUGCAACUUAUUGCCAAGUGAUAUGGAAUGGUAAUGCUGGAUAUGAGGUGAUGGAUAAGGGUGAGAAGCACGUCGUGGAUGUGUUCAAGAGAGACUGCUCUUGUAGAAGAUGGCAACUAACUGGCAUCCCUUGUUCUCAUGCCAUUUCUGCUAUAAAUCAUAGGCAAGAGGAUGCAUAUGACUAUAUUGAUGAAUAUUAUAAGAAAGCCAAGUUUUUAGUUGCAUAUGAGAACAUGAUAAUGCCAGUUCAAGGAGAGAAAUUUUGGAAAAAGACUAAUAGGGAGCCAUGA